AACUCAUAACAUUCACCAGAAUCAUUCUCACAUUCUCAGCUUCUGCUACAGGCACAGAGACCAUCCCCAGAAAGAUGAAGCUUCUGCUGCUGAGUGUGGGCUUGGCCCUGGUCUGUGGCCUCCAACCUGAGUAUAGCAGGUCAGAGGAAGACCUAUCAGAUGAAAAAGAACAAAAAUGGGCACAGCUUUCUAGACACUGGCACACUGUUGCAUUGGCCUCAAGUGACAGAGCUCUGAUUGAGGAGGAAGGUCCCUUUAGGUAUUUUAUCCAAAAUAUCACCAUAGAGCAUGGCAACUUGAAUGUAUACUUUUUGACAAGGAAAAACAGCCAAUGCAUUCCAUUAUCUCUUACUGCUUUCAAGACUAAGGAAGCACGUCAUUUUAAAUUGAACUAUUAUGGAACUAAUGAUGUCUACUAUGAAAGCUCUAAGCCAAAUGAAUAUGCCAAAUUCACCUUGUAUAACUACCAUGAUGGGAAAGUGAACAUUGUGGCAAACCUCUUUGGCCGGACUCCAUAUCUGAGCAAUGAAAUCAAGAAAAAAUUUGAGGAAGAUUUUAUAAGCAGAGGAUUUAGGAAGGAAAACAUUUUAGACAUAUCUGAUGUUGAUCAUUGCUAGAAGCUUGACCAAUAAGGAAGCUGACUCUGUCUGUCAGGGAUUCCCAGGAGACUGUAACCUUUUCUUGCUGGACUCCCCACCUGCUUUCUCCAAAGAAUUGUCAGCAUGAUAAUCACAAGUUCUGGAGGCCUCUUUGUCUCUUCUCCAAGUUUCAAGGGAAUUGUAUCCUUCUUUGAGCUCUGACUCUUUAUAGGCAGUACUCUUGGGUGACACUAUUCCUGCAAAGUCCAAUAAAUGAUUUACUCUGUGCA